AUGAAGCGGAGGCAAGGAGAUAUAUCAUCAGAUGAGGACCCUUUACAGGCAGAACUGUCUACACCUAAGAGACAUAGACAAACACCCCGAAAAAAUGACGCAUUGGACGAAACCCCAACCAAACGCUCUGCCCUGAAUACGCCUUCGAACCGAUUGAGAACCCGAUUUUCCAAGCAGACACCAACCAAGAGUGUAGAUUUCGCUCCUGAUUUCGUCUCCCCACUCAAAACGCCAGUCGCGAGAACCCUGUUUAAAACCCCUACCAAAGGUGACCGAGGCACACCAAAGGGGACCCCGUCCCGAAUCCAGAAUGCUGACCGGUCAGCAAAGAGGAAAAGCGCUAGAAUACUUCUCGAGCCCAAUGAGGAUGACAUAUGGGAUGGCAGUAAUACUCUAGCGCGACAAAUUUGGGACGUACCGUCUGACGACAACAAUGUGACACCCGAAGAUGAGAGUGUUGCUGGGGAUGAGGAAGCGGAUAAAGAGAAAGCACCAGAUGCUAAGCCGAAGGGAACGCCUAAAGAGCCUCCUGUUACACCCCGGAAACGAGGGAGGCCACCAAAAGUGCGAGAACCCGGAGACCAAACGCCAAAAACGCCCAAAACCCCGAGGACGCCCAGAAAGAGUGAACGCGUUGCAACGCCGGAAGGGGACCUACCACCUCAGGAGAAAUACUUUUUCCAAACUCGGACAGGGCCAGUACAGUCGUCUAAUAAUACGAUGGCCAAGUCGUCGUUAUUCACACAUGAAGAAUUCUUUGAGCAAUUUGGGAAAUAUAAGGAUCCACUACAGGAGGAGAAGGAUUACUUAUUGGAGCUUCACGAACGUUCAUUUCCGCAAUGGAAUUUUGAGAUGACUGAGGGGUUUAACGUGUGCAUAUACGGAUAUGGGUCUAAAAGGAAACUCGUCCAGAGAUACGCUGACUGGUUAUAUGAGCAUAACGAUCAACCCCCAUUAAUUGUGAUUGUGAAUGGAUAUACGCCUAACAUAACCAUUCGAUCUGUACUGGCAACCGUCGCCACAGCUAUCCUAGGCCCUGAUGAUACUUCGAAACUAGGUGUUCAGCCUAACGAUGUGUUAGAAUCUAUUCGCUCAGUACUUCAGAAAAACCCACCUCCACGACCUAUAAUAGUUCUUAUCAAUUCAAUCGAUGCGCCGCCAUUACGUCGCGCUCAACAGCAAUCGCAGCUAGCCCGCCUUGCAAGUAUACCACACAUCAAUAUGCUAGUCACUGCAGAUACGCCUAAUUUCCUAGUGCUAUGGGAUAUCACACUCCGUGAUCAGUUCAACUUUGUCUUCCACGACUGCACAACAUUUUCUUCAUACAAUGUUGAAUUAAACAUUGUGGAUGAGGUGCAUAGUUUACUUGGACGCAGAGUCCGGCGUAUUGGUGGGGAUCAGCAGCUAGACGCUGAGGAAGAGAAUGAAGCCCGAAACGAAGCCGACGACCAUGAAGAAAAUGAUAUCCGAAGCAAAAAUGGGGCAGCGAUAGAAUGGCGGGCUCUAUUUCAUAAAGCUUCAGAGGAGUUUAUUUCCUCGUCCGAGAUGAUGUUCAGGACACAACUGAAAGAGUUUUAUGAUCACCAAAUGAUCACGUCAAAGCUGGACCCCAGUGGUGUGGAAUUGCUUGGUGUUCCUCUUUCCCGAGAGGAAAUGGAGAGCAUACUAGAAGACCUCGUCAUCGACGGAUAA